GGGGCCCGCUGACUGACGCUCGCGCGGCCGGGGCCCGGGGGGCGGGGAAGGGGCCGCGGAGCCGGAGCCGGGCCAGCCCCGCAUCCACUCGCAGCCUCCGGGCCCGGGACGGAGCCGCUCCCCCCUCCCCGCCCCUCCAGCCUCCUUCCUCCCCCGCCUGUCCAGGGGCGGCACUGCGGGCUGGGGAGCCGGGACCAGAGGAGGGCAGGGAGGAAGGAAGCGAGGAAGGAAGGAAGGGAAGAAGGACGGAAGGAAGGAAGAAGGAAGGAAGGAAGGAAGGGAAGAAGGAAGGAAGGAAGGAAGGAAGGAAGGAGCCAAGAGGGCAGGACGCACACGCACGGACGGAGGAAGAAGCAGCGCGGCGGGCGGACGAGCGCAGGGAGAAAGGAGGAAAGGGGCAGGAAGGAAGGAAGGAAGGACGGACGGAAGGAAGCGAGAAGGAGGAAGACAGAGGGAGCGGAGCAGAGGCGGACGCGCGAGGCGGCACCGUUGCGGCAGCAGCAGCAGCAGCAGCCAGAGGCCCGAGCGGGGCCUGCGCUGCCGCCUCCGCUGCUGCUCCUCGGAUGCUGACGGGGCCCCGCCGCGACCGCGACCGCAGCCCCCCGGAGCCCUGCAGGAACCAUGCCCAGGUCCUUCCUGGUCAAGAAGGUCAAACUUGACACCUUCUCCUCCUCGGUGGACCUCGACAGCUCGUACGGGCGCGCCCGCAGCGACCUCGGCGCGCGGCUGCAUGAGAAAGGAUACCUCAACGACUACGCGGGCCCCGCCUCCGUCUACGAUGGCGACGCGGCGGCCGACGCGGGGCUGCUCAAGGGCCCGUCCCCGGAGCCCAUGUACGCCGCGGCCGUGCGGGGAGAGCUGGGCCCGGCGGCCGCGGGGUCGGCGCCGCCGCCGCCCACGCCGCGCCCGGAGCUGGCCACGGCGGCCGGCGGCUACAUCAACGGCGACGCGGCGGUCAGCGAGGGCUACGCGGCCGACGCCUUCUUCAUCACCGACGGCCGCUCGCGCCGCAAGGCCGCCCCGGCCCCGGACGCCGCUGCGGGCCCCGACGGCGACGACGAGGCCGGGCGCGCGGAGAGGGAGAGGGAGAGCGAGAGCGGCGGGCCCGGGGCGGGCGCGCGGGGCGGCCACGCGGGGCCGGCGGGCCGGGGCGGCGCGCGCGGCGGCGGGGCGGGCGGCGAGGCGGCGCGCGGCGGGUCCGGGCCCGCGGGUGCCGGUGCGGGGUGCCGUGCGGGUGCCGGUGCGGGCGCGGGAGGCCCGGCCGGCCGCCACGCGUGCGCCGAGUGCGGCAAGACCUACGCCACGUCGUCGAACCUGAGCCGCCACAAGCAGACGCACCGCAGCCUGGACAGCCAGCUGGCGCGGCGCUGCCCGACGUGCGGCAAGGUCUACGUGUCCAUGCCGGCCAUGGCGAUGCACCUGCUCACGCACGACCUGCGCCACAAGUGCGGCGUGUGCGGCAAGGCCUUCUCGCGGCCCUGGCUGCUGCAGGGCCACAUGCGCUCGCACACCGGCGAGAAGCCCUUCGGCUGCGCGCACUGCGGCAAGGCCUUCGCCGACCGCUCCAACCUGCGCGCCCACAUGCAGACGCACUCGGCCUUCAAGCACUUCCAGUGCAAGCGCUGCAAGAAGAGCUUCGCGCUCAAGUCCUAUCUCAACAAGCACUACGAGUCGGCCUGCUUCAAGGGCGGCGGCGCCGGGGCCCCCAGCGCCCCGGCCGCCCCCGCCGCCCCGCCGCCCCAGCUCAGCCCGGUGCACGGCUAGCGCUC